UUCUCAUUUACUCAACGAGUGCAACAAAGAUAGUCCCAUUUAUUUUUCUGAGUGUGAGAAAGAGGUCCGGUUGCGUAUCCCCUUAAACUGAGUAAGAGAAUGAUAGAAAACAUAUUUAAAAACAAAUGCCAGUACUUCCCGAAUAUGUGACGCAGUUUAUGUAAUACAAAACCGUAUGAGAAACUUUUUUUAUUACUUAUUCGUUAAUUAAAACUCAAUUGCAAACUAGUCAAUAACAAUACCAUCAACUUUUGAAAGUUUUUUUAUUUUUGUUCAAUAAUAAAAUAUAAUAAUCAACAUAACAAUUAAUUAAUAAUCAAUACAACUUAUUUUCCAUGGAUAAGUAACGACGUCUAAUCAAAAAUAUAUAAGAUUAACUAAAAUCGAAAAAAUAACAUCAGGAAAUAAAAGUUAAUUCUAACGAUUGUUACAAUGACAGAGAAUAAUUUAAAAUCGGAGGAACCAUUUCCUAAAUAUUAUGACAAUUUUAUUGCUAAACGUGCUGAUGAUUAUUAUUGUAAUUUAUGUGAAAAUAAUUAUUCAUCAUCUAACUUGAUAAUUGAACAUACAGAAGAUGCGGUACAUCGAAAUCUUUUGAUACACGAAAAACGCAGCCGAGGAAUCGUUACCGAUACUUCGCUUUCCUCUGAAUUCUGUAAGCUCUUUGUUGAAAAUAAUAUCUUUGGAUCUGAAUCUGUAUAUUUAGAAUGUUACUCAUGUAAAGUAACUAUCCCAGUUGAUAAAAGUACUGAGCACAUCAAUAGACUGAGCCAUAAAGCAAAACACAGUUUAUUUCUCGCAAAAGUUGAUAAAUCUGAUACUGAUGUUGGAAAUGAUGACCAAAAGUAUCCAGAUUACAUUCGUUUUAAGUAUAAAAAUGAUGAUGAAAAAGUUUUGACAUGUUUUAUAUGUUCCAUCAAACAAUUGUGGAAAGAACACCAGAAGGAUACAGAACAUCGAUGUAGGGCACGAUUUUUCUUUAAAAAUUUUACAGAUAUUCCAGGCGAUGUUGUUUGUAUGUUGUGUAAAAAAACAAUUCCUAAAGGUUCAGUGAUAGAUCAUGCUGGUAAUGAACAUCAGUUAAUGCCCUGGUACAGACCCGUUGAUGAGUUUGUUAGUUAUUUCAAAAAUUUCAUUCUUCCAAUGGGCUAUAAAUACUAUUGUUAUUUAUGCGAUAAAGUAUUUUGUCGGUGGUACCUUUCCUUAGAACAUACAGAGGAUGCGCGUCACUUAAAACUUGUCAAAGAAUUGAUAAAAGAUAAAGACAUUAAUAAUCAACUUUUGUCACCGGAUUUUUGUGAACAAUUGUCUGCCAACAGUAUUUACCCAGUCAAUUUCAAACAGUUAAGAUGCUGGGCCUGUCAAUACGUCAUUGAUGGAUACGAAACCGCUAGUGAACAUAUUGAUUGUGAUGAUCAUACGAUCAAGUUACGAGAGAAAAAAUCCGAGUUAUUAUCAAAACUAUACAAGACUUCAAAUAAUUGGAGAAAAUAAAUUUCAGAUCUAUCGGUUAAUUAUCAUGAAUCUGAAAUACAUUCAGAUUCUGAAUAGGAAACUGACAUAAAUAAUUCUACAGAUCAGUCAAGUAUAGGCUCUGAUGAUUCAGCGACUGUUGAAUCAACCCUACCUAUAACAGAUGAUAUAUUUUUAAAAUAUUUUGAAAACUUUAUUGGAAGAUAUUCAAAUAAUUUCCAUUUCUAUGUAUGUCACAAUUACUUUCAUACUCAAGAGUCGGCCAUAGCGCACAUGGAUGAUGUAAGACAUCGAUCACUCACACAAUAUACAAUAGAUAAGCAUAAAAUUGUCAUUGAUAAAUCUUGUUCUUCAGAAACUUAUAAAUUAUUUUUUGAUAAUUCUAUAAUACCGUAUACAUUUAAAAUGUUAAUUUGCGUUGAAUGUAGUGACCCUUCGGAGUUUACCGAAGCUAAAGGGCAUGUCAAGAGAAGAAAACAUCAGAUAGCAUUUGUAUUUAAAUAUAAUUAUUCAAAUUAUAAAGAUAAAAAUCCUUGUGUUCAAAGGCGAAAAAAUAUGGAAACUAAUUCGAGUCAAGAGAAGAAGCUUAAAAAAAAAUUACGACGUGAAUUGAAGAAACAAUACUAUGAGUAUUUUCAAAAUUGUAUUGGAAAAUGUCGUAAACAAUUUUUCUGUCAUGUACGCAAAAUAGAUCUUCCAUGUUAAAACUCUACAACAUAAAGUAAAUCUAGAAAAACUAAACACUUAAAAAAUAAAUAUUUUUUCACGUAAAUAUUUGUCAUUUAUAUGAAAAAGAAUAGAUAUUUUUUCACAUAAGUAUUUGUCUUUUAUAUGGAGAAUUAUUAUUUAAGAUUUAAAGUUUUUCAUUUUUCA